AUGAGUACAAUAUAUCCACUUCCUCAACAUUGUAUUAACAGUGAUGGAAGCGUUAAUUUACCAUUCAGACAUGCAGUUAAAACAUAUAUUAAUUUACUACCUUUAUUUACAAAUUGUAAACUCAAAAAAACAAGUCGGUUCUAUGUCAAUGAAAAUGUCAAGACUGGACUUAUUACUUUGAAACAGAUUGAAGGUGCUAUCGAUUAUCUUGUAUGGAAAACUAGUAAAGGACAAAUCAAAACGACAAAUAGAUUAGACGAUAUACUUGAGCUUACCAAUAAAGGUCGUAAUCAUGUGAUUAAAAUAAAACAACACAUGUCAUCAGAUCUAACAGUAUGGAGAUGGUUUCUUUUUUGUGAUGGCAGUAAUAAUUGUGAAAAAGCAUGUAGUGGACUUGGAGAGUGUAAAUCUAAAUGUUCAAAUUUUUAUUUAAAAAAUAACCUUAAAAAUAAUUUUGACAUGCACAAAUGCGCAGUUCAGAUUAUUAUGAAAGUUAUGCUUUCUAAUAUUAAAGAACCUUUACCAAUACAGUUAGUUAUUAAGGGUACACAUAGAUCAUUGUCAAUACCUGCAGCAGAAUCAAAGUUAGGCAGAAUCAAUUUGAGUCUUCAAACUCGUGAUAUGGCAAUAGCUGCACGUCAUGGACACCAUACCUCUGGAAUGGAAAUUGCAUUAAAAGUCUUAUUCCCAUACAAUAAUGCAAACGAGAUCAAUCUUCGACAUGUGCAUAAAUCAGGCAAAGAUUUGUGCAAUGAACAACAAUUAAAAAGGUUAUUGAAAGAGAUGAUCAUCGAUUACAUGAAGAUGCUGGCCUCUUCAAAAAAUAGUCUAGAAUACUAUUAUCAGUUAACUUUAAGUGAUGAAUUAUGGCUUAGUCAAGGCCAUGAUUAUGGACAAUUCUGUUUUGAAAUUGAUGGUAAAUAUGAUUUAUAUAAUGAAGGUGCACCAGUAUUGUCUAUGGUUAUCAAGGAUCAGGCUGGAUAUAGUUCUUCACUAGCUUUCGGUUUUAGUAAUAAAGAAAACCAUUAUACAAUACAGUUAGCAGUACAGGCAGUAAAGGCUAAUAUUCCAUGCAAUAAUCCUCAUUAUGGAUGGGGAUUUAAGCGUAUACGUGAAUGUAUAUCAUAUUGGAAUCCGUUGGCUAUAAUGGAUAAGCAUCGGCUGACCAAACUUGCAUUACAAAAUCUUGUUCGUGGUACUAUUUUAUGUUGGUUUCAUAUAAUGUCAACUUUAGAAGAACAUUUACAACAAUGGAAAGUUGAUUGGAAUUUACAAUAUCCUAUAGCAUUGGUUUUUAAAAUUGUAGGCCAGAGUAAAUCUGAUAAUGAGAUAGUUGAAAUGAGAAACGAAUAUAAGAAGUUUAUAUACUUUUUACUACUUGAUGACAAUGUCAAAAAUCUUUUGAUUCAUGAUUUGGAAAUGAAUUGGAUUUGCGAUGAAUGGAGGCAAGGUUUUAUUGAUGGAGGACGAGAACUGCAAAUGUAUGCUUUAACUAGAGCAAAGCUGAUGACAACAAAUAACUUAACAGAGAGAAUGAAUAAAACUAUAGAAUCAUGGUGCAGCGGAACUCAAACAGUUUUAUCAUUCAUUGAACAUUUAUAUGGUGUCAAAUUUAUUAAAAAGUCAUUGGUUCAAAGUGAGCUAGAUGAAACUUUAUCUGAUACGGGUCUGGCAACUUAUUGGAAUAUGCGUACGAUCGAAUACAAACAAAUGCCAUUCAAAAAGCUGAUCGAUCAAAAACAUCGUAUAAAUCAAGGUUGCCUUUAUGCACUACUUGAUUUCAUUAUUCCAAUAUCCGAACAAACAAAUUAUAUGUUUGUUAAAAAGCAGAGCACAAUAUUUUGCUCAUCUUAUAAUAAUCAUUACAUUAAUAUUUCAACAGAGGUGUCAGAACAAAUUGAUAAGAUGAUUAUUAAAUUAAUCAACCGUGAUAAUAUUAAUAUACCAGUAUUUCAUUAUCUCAUUAAUAUAUCAACUAAUGAGUGCAUAUGUUAUGAUUAUGUCUGGAAUGGAUCAUUUAGAGAUGCUUGUAAACACAUUUAUGCAGCACGAAUUUAUAUAGACUUAUCACGUAGAAAACUACAAAAACAAGAUAUUAAAGAAAAAUUAGUAGAGCAUUUCAAAAAUAAGGAGAGAGCAAUUGCAUCAGAGAAUAAAAAUUAUCUUAUUUACAAUAAGUCCAAUUACACUUGCGAUACUGAAAAUAUUAAUGCUUAUGAUGACGAAUAUGAUGACUCUUUUGCUGAAUCUGCAAAAUAUGCUCAGAGUGAUGAAUAUAAAGAACUUCCACCUUCUGUUCAUAGACGAAAUACUACAAGAAUUCGUAAUAAGCAUAAAGCUUCCACUCAAUCUAGAUCAUUAGAAGAAUUAUUUCUUGAACAAGGGUGUGAUUGGAAUCCAAAAGAGUUUACAAAUGCUGUGAUAACAAAAAGACUAUGUUUGAAUGAUAAUUCUGUUGAAAAUGGUGUGAAAUUAUAUCAGUGGAUUAGUAAUAGAAAAAUCUGGGCGAAGAAUGCAAAAGAAACGUAA